CUGUAGCGAAUUCUAUCGCUGCGCAAAAAGUCGGGAUGAUCCCAAUCAAUGUAGCUUCUUUGCUUGGAAUGACCAAGUCGUCAAACCAUCGUUACCUUCUAGUCCUCCUAGCUCUCCAUUGAAACGUAACCUUUCCGACUCCCCGCUAGAUUCUCUGUCUAAACGACGACGUACUGAUGAUAACCCUCAAUCUCAUCCCAAAUUCCCAUCUACCACGAUGAGCAAGAAGAAGCGAAUGGACGAUAUCAUGCAGGCUCUCGGAGAAGACGAUGUAUUUGCUGGUCCUUCGCGCCCCAAGUUCACAUCUACAGGCAAAUACACUCUCAGUCCCGUAAAGCAAGAGUACGAUGUGGAAGAUGGACUUGCGACACCACCAAGCUCGUUGCUGAGGCGGAUGACGCCCGAAGCGCCGCCGUCACCUUCUCGCCCCCCCGUCACUCCAUCUAGCCUCUUAGCCUCAGUCGCAAGUGACUUUUCAAGGCUUGCCGAAGAAAUUCGUAAUCUUGAAGAGCAGAAGUCUGCCUCAAAAGCAAGAGCCAGCCUGGUCGACAAAUUAGAGACUGAAAACAAAACGUUAAAGGAGUCUCUUCGCAAGUACGAAAAAGACAUUGAAGACUUGAAGAAUACGAUCAGGUCAUUAACUGAAGCUAUCAAUCAUGGUGUCGGUUGAACGUUUGAACCCUUGUUGGUUGUGUAAUGUUCGGAAGUUUGGCUUGAAUAAGGGGAUCGGAUCAGUCAUAUCAAUCCAUAUAUGUAGGACCAGUCUGAACUGACGGGUAACGGCUAGCUUGGGAGGAUCGUAGUCUUACCCGACUCUCAGCCAACUCCAUCGACCCCUUUGAAACGGUCGA